CCUAAAAUGAUAGGCAUGUUGACCACGACUAGUGCACGCAAGAGAAGGACCUGCAGUGAGCCAAAUGCAGUUUUAAUGAAGCAGUCAUCAUUAGAAGAUAGUCGCCAAAAAAGGAUCUGUAGCGACCCUGUGCAACAUUAUGAUAAUGCAGUUGUGAUGAAGCAAUCUUCAUUAGAAGUGAGGCCCACAAAAAGUUCUAAUCUUUCUUCUGAUGCAUCUUCUCAUAGCCGUCAACCUAGACCAUUUCUUUCAUCAAACAGUAAAUAUCUCAAGGCUGUACUUUAUAAAAGACAUGGUAUUGCUGCUUUAAGAUCUGUAGCUGAUAUGUUGACAAAGAGUACACAAGAUUCAAUCAAGGCGAUUGCCAAAUGUCAACGUGUUAUUGAUGAUGCUAAUAGAAGUCCUCAAUGAUUCUAUGUAAUUUUUUUAUUUGGGCACAUUAAUUGCCUUGUA